AUGUUCCCAGACUUCUACACCCUCCAGCCCUCCCAUUCCAUCCCCGUGCCCCUCAGCCCCCCCACUUCCAUCCCCGUUGCCCCUCAGCCCUCCCACUUCCAUCCCGUGCCCCUCAGCCCUCCCCUUCCAUCCCCGUGCCCUCAGCCCUCCCACUUCCAUCCCCGUGCCCCUCAGCCUCCCACUCCAUCCAGCCCUCCCACUUCCAUCCCGUGCCCCUCAGCCUCCCACUUUCCAUCCCGUGCCCCUCAGCCCUCCCACUUCCCCCCCGUGCCCCUCAGCCUCCCACUUCCAUCCCCGUGCCCCUCAGCCCUCCCACUUCCAUUCCCGUGCCCCUCCGUGCCCCUCAGCCCUCCCACUUCCAGCCCUCCCACUUCCAUUCCCGUGCCCUCAGCCUCCCACUUCCAUUCCCUCAGCCCUCCCACUUCCAUCCCCCCCUCCCACUUCCAUUCCCGUGCCCCUCAGCCCUCACACUUCCAUCCCCGUGCCCCUCAGCCCUCCCAUUCCCGUGCCCCUCAGCCCUCCACUUCCAUCCCCGUGCCCUCAGCCCUCCCACUUCCAUCCCGUGCCCCUCCCCUCCCACUUCCAUUCCCGUGCCCCUCCCAGUGCCCCUCAGCCCCCCACUUCCAUUCCCGUGCCCUCAGCCCUCCCACUUCCAUUCCCGUGCCCCUCAGCCCUCCCACUUCCAUUCCCGUGCCCCUCAGCCCUCCCACUUCCAUCCCCGUGCCCUCAGCCUCCCACUUCCAUCCCCGUGCCCUCAGCCCUCCCACUUCCAUCCCGUGCCCCUCAGCCCUCCCACUUCCAUCCCCCCCUCCCACUUCCAUCCCCGUGCCCCUCAGCCCUCCCACUUCCAUUCCCCUGCCCUCAGCCUCCCCACUUCCAUCCCCGUGCCCUCAGCCCUCCCCCCCCAAUUCCCCGUGCCCCUCAGCCCUCCCACUUCCAUCCCGUGCCCCUCAGCCUCCCACUUCCAUCUGCCCUCAGCCCUCCCACUUCCAUUCCCGUGCCCCUCAGCCCUCCCACUUCCAUCCCGUGCCCCUCAGCCCUCCCACUUCCAUUCCCGUGCCCUCAGCCUCCACUUCCAUUCCCCGUGCCCCUCAGCCCUCCCACUUCCAUUCCCGUGCCCCUCAGCCCUCCCACUUCCAUCCCCCCUCCCACUUCCAAGCCCUCCGUGCCCCUCCCGUGCCCCGUGCCCCUCAUCCACUUCCAUCAGGCCGGCCCCUCAGCCCUCCCACUUCCCCCGUGCCCCACCUGAGCUGUGCCCCUCAGCCCUCCCACUGUUUCAGCCCUCCCAGUGCCCAGUGCCCCUCAGGUGCCCCUCAGGCGCCCUGGACGUCCUCUCCCUCUCCCCUGACACUGCCGUUUUUCUCCGGCUCUGCUUAG